AUGUCAGCUCGACACGAGGACAGUUGGGCUGCACACCUCACUGAUCUGACUUCAAGCACCUUGUCGCAUCCAACAUACCCACAAGACCCUACCUAUUAUUUUCGAGAUGGGAGCCUACUUUUGCUCGUGGAAGAGACUCUAUUCAAGGUUCACUCCUCGAUUCUAGGAAGAGAAUCAGAGGCCUUUAACAUACUUGAUCCAAUCGAUUUCUGUAAUACAAACGAAGGAAUCGCUCCGGUUCAUAUCGCGGGUGAAACGGCUUUCGAGAUUGCAGACUUAAAGGCCGAGCAUUUUCGCCAUUUUUUGUUCAUAUUUUACGGCCUGGCCCUCUUGUAUGCAAAACGGACACAGGACGAAGAACUGGUAGCCAACGUCCGCAAUGCCAUUCAAUUACAUUUCGCAUGGGUCUCAACCAGCUCUCCACUCAAGCUCAUAAAUUCUGCUGCAGGACUUGAUGGUUCUAGGGAGAGGCUUAUCCGGGUAUUCAAGCACCCAAAAUUAAAGGAAAUCGACCCAGCUCUCUUUGGCUUUGCGUUUUGUGCCAUCCUCAGCCUUGGUCACGAUAUUUGGAUGAAAGACCCCCUGCUGUCCCGAGAAGAUCGAGUUAUGCUUUUAUCAGGACAAGUUCAUUUGAUGCCUCUCCCACUUUCGACUCUCGGAUUGGGCUGGGUGGAAACUUUGAAUUGCCAGAACCCAAAGGGAUGGGUACACCGAUUGAAUGCUGUUCUGAAUGCAACCAUGUCGUCAGCUGGGAGGCUUCGUUUGGUGACAGCUAUCGCCAACAACUGCGCGCCACUACCCCAUUGCUCUGUGGAAUUUCUCAUCUCGCAAUUUUGCCGGUUCAAAGACUCAUGUUUCGUGGCGCUCUAUAUGAAAGCAAAUCUCCAAAUUGUAGAAACGCUUGCUGCGACAGAGUGCUAG